AUGCGCCUCUCCUCCCCCAUCCACUUACUCGAUUGGGCAGCGACCGCCGCGUGGGAUGCCUCCCAAGUCGUCAGAUCGACGACAUGCAGCGGUAAACUGUCCGCCUUCUGCCCCCGCACUUACGACGUCGAUCCAAAGUCUGGCUUCUUUCCGCCACAACCGCUGCCGAGAUUGCCAGACGCGUUAAGUGUUUGGGAGGACGCGCUGCAAGAGGCACCGGGGGUUCUGUUCCUGGCCCAGGAUCAGGGUCCGCAGGCGAUCGCGAAGCGGCCGGCAGGGGAGAGAUGGCGGCAGAAGAUCCGAUCUAUGCCACUUAAGAGCAUUGAUGCAAUACGCGACGACCUACGGAGGCUACAAAGGGCGCACAUGGUCCUUGCGACUAUCAUGCAUUACUACGUCCAUUCGCUGCCGCAGGCGGACGUAGAAGCAUCCAUUGUCGUUCCAAAGUCCGUAGCGGUCCCGUUGUCUGCGGUGUCGCAGCUGCUUCAAAUCGCUCCGGUACUCACUUUCGCGGACACCGUCCUGUGGAAUUGGGAAUUCAUCGACCCAACGCAGCCGCUUUCUAUUGACAAUAUGCGCUAUGUCAACAAUUUCUCGGGUACACAGGCCGAGAAUAACUUUUACCUCGCGUCAGCAGCCGUGGAGCUCAAGGGCGUGGAGAUGCUGGACAUCUUCGAGGGCUUCAUGAACCUGCGCGACGCCACGGACACCCAUGCCACAUCGAUGCUCGCACGCGACCUGACACGGCUUGUCAAGAUCAUCGAGGAGCUUGAAUCCAUCUUUGUUUCCAUGCGUAACACCGUCGACCCCCACGAGUUCUACUGGAAUGUGCGCCAAUGGUGGUCUGGCGCAACCUCGAAAGGCCCCAACCACCCAGGUUGGGUGCUGGAGGGCGUACGGUCCGCGGACCAGGCUGAUCUUGGCGGUGCGUCCGCGGGACAGAGCUCCGUGAUGCAUGCACUCGACAUAUUCCUCGAUAUCGACCACCGCCUCCAAGACGCCCGCACACCCGCGCCAUCGGACAACAACCGGCGCGCGGACCAUGGUUUCAUGGACAGAAUGCGCCGUUACAUGCCGGGGCUGCACCGGGAGUACCUGGAGAACCUAAGCUCUGUGCGCGAGAUCGCGGAGCGCACGCCGAGCUUGCGGGAGCCGUACAACGCGGCGGUAAUGGCGCUGAAGCGGCUUCGGGAUUCGCAUAUUCGGAUCGUCGCGAUAUAUGUAAUCUCGAAAGCUAAUUCGACGCCGCCCGCCAACAUCAGGGUGGACAAGCCCAGCGCUUCCCAAAGGGACGGACCAUCCCGCGGAACCGGCGGUAGCGAGGUCUCGACACUGCUCAAGGCGGGUCGCGACGCCACUCAGCGUGCCGUGCUUAAAUGA